AUGGCCGCAGAACCUAUUUGGGAUGGUAACAAGGUGGAGAUGAUUAGCGAGAAGCUUGCAUCUGAUGUGUAUGCUUAUUACGCCAAAGACGCGAAGGAGCUGAAUGAAAAAGGUGGAGCCGCGGCUACCAGUGGUGGUUUGCUUAUUGGUACCAAAGGAGCUUUGCUGAUUGAGACCAUGCUCAACAAACGAUUACAUGAUCAAGUGCAAGCUCUCACUCAAAAAAUUACCAAGAAACCUAUUCUCUACGCUUUGAAUACGAGUGCUCAUGGUGAUCAUUGUUUUGGUAAUAUGUACCUAUCAAAAGAUACCAUAAUCAUUCAACAUAUCAACACUAAAACCUCUGUCUCAGAGCAUCUGAGUGAUGAUAAAGCAUUCAUGAUCAAAAAUUUUGGUGCGGGACGUGGCAUCGAAGAAAUCCAAGCUCGUACUGGGGAUGUCUUAGUAAAAUCGGAUGGAAGAAUUACAAUUGAUCUCGGUGGCAAACUGGUUGAAAUAAUUGAUUUCGGCUUCGCUCAAACUGGUGGCGAUCUUUUUGCAUGGGAUGCAGACUCAAAAGUAAUGUGGACUGGAAAUCCAAUAAUAGCAGCGAAGCCUGCAUUACCCUGGUUAUUGGAUGGACAUUUGAUUCAAACUCUGGAUACCUUAAGAAAAGUUUAUGCCUUUCUUCCUGCGGACGCACGGGUUAUCCCUGGGCAUGGUGUGGUCAUGAAGAAGGACGAUCUCAAGUGGCAUAUCGAUUAUCUUGCAGCAGUUGAGAAGAAUGUACAGGCGGCGAUUGACAAAGGCCUGAGUUUAGAAGAAACGGUGAAGGAAGUACCGAUGCCUGAGUUUAGUGGUUAUGUAGUGUUUGACUGGGUUCACUCAGGUAUGAAUGUGCCAGCAGCAUAUAAAGAUUUAAGUAAGAAUUGA